AUGCUCACCCCCCCACCCUCAGAGGCCCAGAGGAAGCUGAUGCCAGAGACAGUAGUACCAGGGACCGUGCCGACAAAGUCCCCCACCGCCAUGCAGCUGACCAGGGAACUACUGAAAGAGAAGGGCAUCGCUGGGCUGUACAAGGGCCUAGGGGCCACACUGCUCAGGGAUGUUCCAUUCUCCAUCAUCUAUUUCCCUCUGUUUGCCAACCUGAACACCCUGGGGAAGAGAGGAGCAGAGGGCCCCGCCCCGUUCUAUGUGUCAUUCCUGGCAGGCUGUCUGGCUGGCAGCACGGCCGCUGUGGCUGUCAACCCUGUAGAUGUGAUUAAGACCAGAAUCCAGUCUAUGAACAGGGGGAGUACAGAGGAAACGUACAGUGGGGUGACUGAUUGUAUCAGUAAAAUCAUGAAGAACGAGGGUCCCUCAGCGUUCCUGAAGGGGGCGUACUGCCGUGCCCUGGUCAUCGCGCCCUUAUUUGGUAUCGCCCAGGUGGUCUACUUCUUCGGCGCGGGAGAAUACAUCCUCAGCUUCCUGCCUGGCAACUAA